GACGGUGAAAUAUCUGCUGUGCUGUGUUGUGUGUAAUCGGGUAAUCGGAAAUAAACCCCAUAGCGCUAGACAUAAUUAAGAGGAAUUUUUCUUCGUACAGCGUUUUCGGGACGUUCCACCGAGGCGACGAUGGUAUUCUUCGUGACACAGCAAGUAUUUCGGUACGCCCGUCCAAUUUGCUUCAAGCUUUCCGUACGCUACUUUUCGGUGUCCGAUCAGCAGCAUACUCGCCUGGCAGAGGUGGGUAAGCUUGAGCUUCCCAAAGCACAAGGAAAGUACGAAACAGGACAACUUUUUCUCCACCGUGUCUUUGGAUACCGUGGGGUAAUACUGUUCCCUUGGUUAGCUCGAGUGUACGAUCGUGAUCUACCAGCUCAGAGUAAAGCAGGCCAAAAUGAUACCUCAACUGUGGCAGCUACGUCUUCCGGAGGGGAUUCAUCCACACCACCCAACGCAAGCAAGGAGGUGCAAAAGAAAACGCAUACGUUUUAUCAAGUGCUUAUAGAUCAGCGGGAUUGUCCGUACAUCCGGGCUCAAACGGAAGCGGUUACCUUCCUGGGUAAUCAGGAAUCGAGCCGAAGUUUGUAUGCAAUUCCCGGUUUGGAUUAUGUUGCCCACGAGGAUAUACUACCGUACAGCUCGGGUGACCAACAUCCGUUACAGCACGAACUGUUCGAUAAGUUUUUGGCACAUAACCCGGAUAAAGAGCCACCUUUUAGUGCCCAAGAUACACUGCGAGCGUGGCAGAGGAAAAAUCAUCCUUGGUUAGAGCUGUCCGAUGUGCACAAGGAAACCACUGAAGGCAUCCGUGUCACCGUGAUUCCCUUCUACAUGGGUUGUCGCGAAACACCGGCAGCUUCUGUCUAUUGGUGGCGCUACAGCAUCCGUUUAGAAAAUCUUGGAGAAUUGAGCGUGCAAUUGCGUGAACGCCAUUGGAGGAUUUUCUCACUUUCUGGUACGUUGGAGACGGUCCGUGGCCGCGGUGUGGUCGGUCAGGAACCUGUGCUGAGUCCGCGAUUGCCUGCGUUCCAGUACAGUUCGCACGUUAGCCUGCAGGCACCGAGCGGCCACAUGUGGGGUACGUUCCGUAUGGAGCGUGAAGAUGGCCACAUGUUUGACUGUCGCAUACCGCCCUUUUCCCUUGAGAGUAAACCCGAUGAUAGCAAUAAUCCUCCAGACGACUCCACCACAAAUCUAGGCGGUUCCAGUCCUUCAUCAACAUCUACAACGCCAUCGGGUGCUGGCACGCACCCCGGCAAUGGAGGAAGCACUUCGGGAUCUAGUGGUCCUAACUCUAUUUGAAAAAAGCAGUCCUAAUUAUGAGAAAGCUAAGCAGCGGUAUAUUCAAACGAUAUUUAUUCAACCACUUCUGGAUUAAUCAAGUAGAUACAUCAAUAAGCGGUAACACAAAAAGAAUUUAAAAAUUCUAUUAUAGAACGAAGACGAUUACGAUGUAAAUAUGGAACUUUCCGACGAGAAGUCAUGAGUGAAAUAAAACAAUUACGGUCAAUUUACUGUU